AUGCUAUCUCCCUUCCACCGUGUAACCUUGGACCCCGUCUCGCCAACUACCAACAGCACCAUCUUCGAGGCCAGCUUCACUGUGCCUGACCAGCAUGGUAUCUUCAACUUCAUCGUCAACUACAAGCGUCCUUUCCUCAGCAACGUAUACGAGAAGCGCACCGUCACUGUCCGCCACUUUGCUNNCGACGAGUGGCCGCGCAGUUUCGUCAUCAGCGGCGCUUACCCCUGGAUUGCUGGUAUCGGCGUCACGGCCACUGGCUGGCUGAUCUUUGUCGCUGUCUGGCUUUACAGCAAGCCCGAUGAGUCCAAGGCUAAGAAGACGCAAUAG